AUGAUUGCGACCCGGCCGGCCUCACGAUACGUAACUGUCGCUGCAUGUGCUCUCCUUCUGCUGGUCUUCUAUCAGUUCUCCUCCCUUUCGACCACAUUCAACUACCGGAACCCCGGCUCGCCCUUCGCUAGCAAGGAGGUCAAGGUGUCGGUGAUAGAGAGCAAGGGCUGCCAUGACGAAGUAUCGGCGAGCUACCUGAGCGCGCUGGGACAGCUGUCUGAGUGCAACUCCAACGUCUUCCUGGCUGCCCAACGAUUCGGGAUUGGCUCCAUCUACGAACUGAUCCCCGGCGCCGACAACCGCAAGCUGGUCACCGAUAAUGAGUUUCGGCCCAAGUACUUCGAGAGCGAGACCGCUGCCGAGCCGGAUAUUGUGCUGUCCGUCACCAGCGACUACGAUCUCAUCGACGCCAAGCUCAAACCAACCUUCGCCCAUCUCCUCCACAAUACCAGCAGCAUCCUCUUUGCCACGGUCCACCACGGCAACGAGUGGAAGGAGGACCGUCGCUUCCAAGCCGUGAAGCCGUGGAUCGAGGCAAAACGGCUACGCUUCAUCACGCUCAGCGACCAUGUUACCAACUACAUGACGGUCAUCGUAAAGCACUGGGCGACAAAGAUGGAAGUGCACAACGUCCCCAUCAGCACCUUCCCGCCCGUUUUCACGAUCCCCACCGCGCCCAUAAAGAACGAGGCGACGCUUCGUUUCGCCAUGCAGGGCGACCUGGUCGUCAAUCGCCGCCCAAACCGUGACUACGAGGGCACCUUCAAGCGCUUCGCCAAGCUCAACAGCGACCGCCAGGCCAUCGAGCUGCACGUUGUCGGCAACGGCGGCCUGCCCAAAGUACCAGACGAGGCCAAAGACCGGAUCAAGUUCCACCGCGGGCUCCCCUACCCGGAGUUCUACGACGUGCUGCACUCAGCCACUGCGAUGCUGCCCGCCUUCGCCUCCUACGAGUACGUCGAAAGCAAGGCCUCCUCGACCAUUGCGGCCUCGCUAAUCGUGGGCUCGCCGCUCAUCGCCGAUGACGACCUGCUUGAUGCCUACCGCUUCCUCAGCCUAGAGGACGUCUACUAUCGUGAGGAGGGCGAGGAUGAGAUUGACGUCGUUGAGCGUAUUGCCCAGCUGCCGGAGCAAGAUCGCCUGGCCAAGGCCGAGGGCCUGCGGAAAAAGAACGAGCUACUGACGAAGCAAAGAGGGGAUCUCUUUCGGCAGUGGAUAUCAGAGUCGCGUGGGCGUCUGGAGGGAUAG